UACUCUGGGAAAAACCGUCACUCUCCAAGGUUCGUACAUCUCUGAGAGCAUCAAGAGCUAAACCUAGACAGGAAUAAGCUAGGUAGGUUAUUCGUGAGCCACUAUGAAAUAAAUCUGAUGGCCCAACAGUGGGUGAGCUGACCUGGCUCUCUGGGAUCGCCGCGGCCGGCUUGAUCUGCCCCCUAGCGGAUAUAUGUGAUGCUGCAGUUCUGGACUGUGGGAAAGCCGGCCACCUUCAGACAGCGCCGCGUGCUGACGCUGUCCGCGCACAGCCUGGCCACCGCUCUUCCCUUGCCUUCGGUCCGCAUCCAGCCACCAGCAAAGCCACAGACUAGAGGACUGCAAAGACGCUGGGAUCUACUCGUGGUGGCACCGAGCAUGGCGCCGGCAGCUCUCCCACCCUGGGCGUAGAGCCCGCGCAUCUCUGAGGCCAUCCGCUGCACUGCAACUUCCCCAGUGGCGAGACAACUUUGGGCUAACCUGCAGGCUCUUUCCAGGUGGCUGGGUCCUGCGCACCGCACCUUGGGGACAGGAUGGCUAGUACCAGUGCGACCAUCAGUUUCUGAGGGAAGGCUCUGGCGCCUCUCACACUUCUGGUUCCCGAAGGCGCUCAGGGUACUCCGAGGGACUGAAAAGAGACAGUUCGGACGACGACGCAGCAGAGCUUUGAGGCUGCUGGGUUAGGGGUUUCCUGUGAGAGGCGGCUACCCCAGGAGUUCCUGUCAUAUCAGCCUGGGGUGCUAGGCUUGCAGGCAGGAGUCCCUCCCUCCGGGAGCCGGGGCUAAGUGUCUUGGAUGUGAAGAAGGUAGAGCGCCUGAGAGUGCCUGACCCUUUCACGGAACCCACGCUCAAGCGCAUCUGCAGAGGCUCAAAGGAGGUCUGCAUCUUGCAGAGACUCAAAGGAGAUCAGGCAAACCGGGAUUUCCGCGGUGGUGGCUGAGCAGCCCAGUGGCUGGGCUUGUGUCCUGAGACCCAGGGCGGAAGGAGGCAGAUCAGUGCCCGGGUGGUCCGGCAGACACCUGGACGGCUCAUCGGGCCCCGCCCCACGAGCCACGCUUUAAAGAGCAGCAAGGCCGGGCGCUCCCUCGCGGUCGCGGUCACGGUCAUGGAGGGCACCCCCGCAGCCAACUGGAGCUUCGAGUUGGACCUCGGGAGUGGAGUGUCGCCGGGGGUGGAGGGGAACCUCACAGCCGGGCCACCGCAGCGCAACGAGGCCCUGGCACGCGUGGAGGUGGCGGUGCUGUGCCUCAUUCUGUUCCUGGCGCUGAGCGGCAACGCGUGCGUGCUGCUGGCGCUGCGCACCACACGCCACAAGCACUCGCGCCUCUUCUUUUUCAUGAAGCACCUGAGCAUCGCUGACCUGGUGGUGGCUGUGUUCCAGGUGCUCCCGCAGCUGCUGUGGGACAUCACCUUCCGCUUCUACGGGCCCGACCUGCUGUGUCGUCUGGUCAAGUACUUGCAGGUGGUGGGCAUGUUCGCUUCCACCUACCUGCUGCUUCUGAUGUCGCUGGACCGCUGCCUGGCCAUCUGCCAGCCGCUGCGCUCUCUGCGACGCCGAACCGACCGCCUGGCGGUGCUAGCGACAUGGCUGGGCUGCCUGGUGGCCAGCGCGCCGCAGGUGCACAUUUUCUCGCUGCGCGAAGUGGCGGACGGUGUUUUUGACUGCUGGGCUGUCUUCAUCCAGCCUUGGGGACCCAAGGCCUACGUCACGUGGAUCACGCUUGCCGUCUACAUUGUGCCUGUCAUAGUGCUGGCCGCCUGCUAUGGCCUCAUCAGCUUCAAGAUCUGGCAGAACCUGCGACUCAAGACGGCAGCGGCGGCGGCGGCGGCCGAGGGGACUGAGGGAUCUGCUGCCGGUGGAGCUGGGCGCGCGGCGCUGGCUCGAGUCAGUAGCGUCAAGCUCAUCUCCAAGGCCAAGAUCCGCACAGUGAAAAUGACCUUCAUCAUUGUACUGGCCUUCAUCGUGUGCUGGACGCCUUUCUUCUUCGUGCAGAUGUGGAGCGUCUGGGACGUCAAUGCGCCCAAGGAAGCUUCUGCCUUCAUCAUCGCCAUGCUCUUGGCCAGCCUCAACAGCUGCUGCAACCCCUGGAUCUACAUGCUGUUCACGGGCCACCUCUUUCACGAACUUGUGCAGCGCUUUCUCUGCUGCUCUGCCCGCUACCUGAAGGGCAGCAGGCCCGGGGAGACGAGUGUCAGCAAGAAAAGCAACUCGUCCACCUUCGUCCUGAGUCGCCGCAGCUCCAGCCAGAGGAGCUGCUCUCAGCCAUCUUCCGCGUGAGCCGCCUGCCUGGCCCACCGCGCCUGCGGCGGGGGGGGUUAUGCGGACUCCAGUCUGUCCCCUGGUGGCCAUGCGUGGAGUUGUAUAAGGUGCCUAUUGGUGUGUAUCCCUCUACUCCUUGGGGUGGCUAGCGAGCGGGGGCAUAUUCUGACUUGGGGUGGGGAAAUGUCUCUAUGGGAGCUGCCAGUCACUCAGCCAUCAGAGGGUCUUCUGGGUUCCCACCUCUGCUUCUACUCUCCCAACCAGAGUGCUCUCGGGUGGUGGGUGGGCUCUCCUGAACCUGGCUUUCAUUCAUUCCAUUAUCUUUCUUACUUGUUUAUCUUGGGAUCUUGUAAAAGGCAGUAAGCCAUGGAUUGGUGACCAGUUAUGUGAGGAAACCCAGUGGGCUGGGACAAGGAAUGGGAAAUGAGGCUUCAGAUACAGAGUGGUGCUGAUUUCCUUGUGACCCAAGUUGUGUGGACAGAUCUUAGCAUCCUCAGGGGCCAGAGUGUCCCAGGAAAACAAUGGGAACAGGAGACUGAAUCGUGAGGCCACCUGGCUUAGGAAGGCAACAAGAACACGGGCCGAAGUGAUGAAGAAGCUGAUGCUUGGUGAACAUUUGGGAAGGAAAAAGAAGAGAGUCAUCCAGGAGAGACAGGACUGGGGAGAACUGUUUGUACACAACACUGACCCAUGCAUAUGAGAUCCUGAGGAACACACAUGCAUGUGUGCAUGCACACACGUGCAGGUAGCCCCCCCCCCCAGUCUGGAGCUGAUAGUUGAAUAGCAAGGUUGCAGAGUCCCAGAUCAGUGUACAAAAGCCAUUCAUAUUUCCUUACACUUCUGGUGAGCCAUUGGAAAGUGAACUUAAGAGAUCCUACCCAUAAAUGUGCCAGAAUGAAUAAGGGAGGGCCAGUGAUAGCCGAGGAAAUGUAUGACUUCUGUCCUGAAAGCUGAAAACACCAUGGAAGGAAAUGAAAGGAGACUAAAUAAACAGGGACACCUUGUGCUUAUGGAUCAGAGAUGUAAUAUUGUUGGACAGAUUUGAUGUAAUCCUCAUCAAAAUCCCAGCUGGCUUAGGCAGAAACUGAUAACCCGAUCCUGAAGUUCCCGAGGAAAUGGGGAUUGGGGUAGUUGAAAUGCAUUGGAUUGUGCGGUUGGUGCACAAUUUUGAGAACAUAUUAAAAGUCACUGAACCAGGGGCUGAGGAGACGACUCACUUAGAGAAGCACCUGCUGAGCAAGUCUGAGAUGCCCCUUAUCCAAGCAGGAGCCAGGCUCAGUGCGUUUGUAACCUCGGCCCUGGAGGGUGAAGACAGGCGCAUCCCAGAGACUUGCUGGCCAGCCGGCCUAGGAGAUUGAUCAGCUGCGGGUUCUCAAAAUAAAUAAGUAAAUAAAAAAUAAGGUAGAGAGUGGAGGAAAACAUCUGAAGUUGACGUUUGGUCUCUACAUGUGGAUAUACAACAUGCACACACUCACAGGCAAGCAGACAGACAGACAGACAGACAGACAGACACACAUACACAAAACCACGGAACUAAAUACAUUUUAAAAUGUGAAAAAUGAGAGGUCCAAGAGCCGAGUUCUGGGAAAGUCAAAAUGAUGAUGCAUUUCUUGGUCUCUCUUCCUCGAGUGCUGGUUCUCCUGUGUCUCAUAACCUCCAAGUGUCUGCGGGACAGGCUGCUUUCUUCUGGCCAGUGAGAGGGGCGAUCACCCCCAUCUGGCUCUAACAAAGGCCCGAGGGACGCUCUGCAGCACCGUGCCCUGUCUUCUUUAGAACAGGCAAUUCCUCUGGAAUCUCAAAGGCUUUGUUUACCCAGUAAGUAUGAUUUCAAAUGUCCUCUCAGCCUCGAGGGCAGGACCCGACUGUCUCAGAAAAACCUUCCGUCAUUAAUACAGGACACAACUGACUAGUGGCGUUCUGGCUGUGGCUGGUCACUAUGCACUCCGGAGUACCUUUGAAAUACCCAGAACUGAUUCUGGACUUCCUGAGAUAUAUCAAGGGUACUUCCCCAAAGCCUCGAAUCUGCAGAUCCACUUUACCACCUCUCCCUGUUUCUGAACACAUUUUCUUCUGCCGCACUGCAAUAUUUGCCCAAACCCACACAUAUACCCAUGGGCACACACGCACAGGUAAGUAUGGGACAUCACAGUGUGGUGUUCAGAGAAGAGGGAGCCAUGGGCUACAGUGCCCAUGGUCAGCAUCCACAGUUUAAGGCAUGCUUGUUGGCACCAGCUGGAGACAGAAGGCGAUGGCAUCUUUGGACUCAGGGGCAUUGCACAGUGGCCCACCUCAUGCAUGUCACCACCAGCUAGUUCUUUGAGAAGCUGGCAGGAUUCUGCUUUGGGGCAUCUGUGCCUAUGUUCUAGGCCACCCGGGUGGCCUGGGUGUACACAUGGCAGCAGGUGGGGGUCUGCUGGCAUCUGUAUCUUGAAGAUGUCAUUCGUCCCUGCUGUUCACUGAGUAUUUGCCAUCCUUAGAGAAAGGAGUUGACCCAGGGGUCAACGGGACCGUAACUCAGAUAUUCUGACCAGGGGCACCGUCUUUGUGUUCUUGAGAGCCCCAGAGGUGUAAGGUCUUGGACAUUGCAACCUCCAGGGGGUACUGUGUCAUUCUGUGUGAAAGCUCUAGCUGGUUACCUUGGGUCUUGUUAUGGUCCUGACACCUGCGUCUGUGACAUUAAGGACAACUGACUUCAUCAGCAACAUUGGAUUGGCACUUGCCGUCCCGAUCUCACGGGAGAAGAGUUUCACCAUUUCUUGUUAUUUCCCCAACCAAAGCCUAGGAUCUCCAGGGGUCUAAAACACUUCCCCAACUCUGUGUCCUACAUCUUCCUCCCUCAGACUCCACACUUGACAUCCCCAGUGUCCUUUCCUAUUUUCCACCCUGUUUACAGUCUGUGUUCAGCUCUGGAGGUUGUAUUAAAUUGGAGCAUGCUGAAUUUUCUGGAGUGUUUCAUUGUUCUGACCAUGAGGAGCCAGUGUGCAAACUGUGAGGGUUAUUUAGGCCCUGCAAAAAAAAAAAUCUACAUUUAAAAAAGCUGUGGUCUUCUUUUGGUAUAAAUCAGACUGAUCUAUUCAGGAAGCACAAGAGGCUGUGUGUGCAGCCUGCCCGGAUGAUGUUCCUGGCUUCAGCGUAUAAGUGUUUUGUAUUCAAUUGCAACGAGAUGCCACUUAGCACACAGUGUGAAUUCCUUGGUAUUGUUCUUCCAUGGACUUGGUGUGGUGCCUCCUUCUCCCCGCAUCUGGUGAGUGAUGUGGCCAAUCCUGCUUUACCAGUUGCUUCAUAAAAGGUGCACUUAAUAAAUAUUUUUCUGUGUA